UCCUAGGUGAAAUGUCAAAUUGAAUUAAUUAAUUUUUUGUCAGUUUUCUCAAAAUUUACGUUGAUCAAAAUUUUAAAUGGCGGAAGACGAAAUAGCCGAUGAAGUCAUCACCGACACUGACGAACCCAACAAUGAACCUCCUCAAGAAUCCCCCAAUGAGGAGGAGGAAGAAGAUAUUCCCGAAGAUGUCGAAGAAGGUGCUGGUUAUCCUCCUCCACCACCCCAACCACCGAAAAACAAAACAUGGUGUAAUACUCGAAUUGACGAACUUUCAACCCCUAACAAGCGAAUUUUUCUCGCAUUAUGGAACGAACACGCUUACCACCUUCCUAAAGAAAAAGUGAAAAAUUUGAAGGAGUUAUUACAGCAACUAUACGCCAUGUCUCCAGAGGAAACUGCGAAAUAUUUUGCAGAAUUGCGAGCCGAGGCUAAAGCAGCAGCAAUGCGAAAGAAAUUGAAGCAAAAGCUUCGGAAAUACCUCCAGGAGAAACACCACCAAAAGCAAAGACAAAAGGCUUAUAAACUGUUUAAAAGGUUGCUAAAAUGUGGCAUUUCGUACGCUGUUGCCAACCCUGUGCCUCCUCUAGUUUCGAUCCGUUUGAGAUACCUUUCGGACAUUAUUUUAGAACAGUUGUGUGUCUUGAGAAAAGUCAACAUUCCGAGUCGGGAAAACCCCGACAAGUUAGGAAAUUUUUUAAUUUCGGUGGCAGACUGGAUGGCAAUUGCCGUCGAAAGGCUAUACUACGCCGCCCAAUUGUCAAUCAACGAAAUAAUAUGUCAAGAUUACCAAGACCAAUUUCUUGACAGUACAACCUACGAUGAUUUUACUUAUUCUCUAAAUCCAACAGUUGAUGCAGGCCAACCUAUAGGCACUUCCACGCCCAAAGGGUCUCUAGAUAUGGGCCAACCUGUGGCCGCUUCCACUCCCAAAGGGUCCCUAAAUUUCGGCCAACCCGUGGGCACGUCAACACCUAAAGGAUCUCUAAAUUUUACUAAACCGAAGGGUACUUCCACCCCUAAGGGGUCACGUGAUUUAGCAAAACCAACGCCGGGUAACACGUAUCAACAAGCCAUUACAGGCACUCCUGCAAAAAAUCAAACAGAGAGAAAUACACAUCAACAGCCGUAUUAUAGUAUGCUUGCAAACGAAACAACCCAAUUCACCACCCCAAAAACAAAAUCUAAAGUACCUUACUACACUUUUAGUGAUAUGAGGACAACUACGGGUGAAAAAACAAUGAUGGGAGAUAAAACAUUACUAGAAAUGCCUCCUUAUGGUUUUAAAAAUGUCGCCUCGGGUAGAAAUAAUACGGUAGGUGGGUCUGCGAAAAAACAACCCAAAUCUGACACAAAACGUCUUAAUAAAACGAAAUAAAUUAUUUUGGUACCAAAUAUGUAUUUGUAAUGUAUUUUUUGUUAUGUCAUUCAGUUAAUAAAACGUCUAAAAAGGA